GCACCUGCCAAAAAUCAACGAAAAAUAAUUGGUAGCAGAUAGUAUACUAGGUGUUAGACUUUUGGUACAUAAUUUUGGUUUUUCUGUUGUUUUUUUUCGUUAAGCUUGUUACGGGUGUGGAUAGGGGGGCCGACUAUACAAAAACAUAACAAAUCCCAAUAUCGUAUUAUUUUGAAUUUUAUUUUUAGAUUAAAAUAAAUAAUGAAUAACAGAGAUGUUGUUAGAUCUAUAACAGAUAAUCCUGCUGCACAUUAUGAAGCUUUUUUGAGAUAUCUUCAAUCUACCCAGCCUACCACAGCAACAUCUUCAUCUGCAAUUAGUGCUCUAGUUCCAUCCUCAAUUGCAUUGAGUGUUCCAUCUACAUCUGGAAUAAUUGUUACAUCUUCAGCUGCUACAAGUGUCCCACAACCUCCACAACAAUCAACACAACCUUCUGCUGAGCUUACCUAUGGUGCCUAUAGAAGAUAUAGGGACCAGCACCCUGGACCGAUGAGCAAUCGUUCAUUUUUGCGGUGGAUUUUUUUGCGAAGACGGAAUGGUGGCGGCCUUGUUGUGAAUGGUGGCAUCCACUAUUACUAGGCGCCACCACUCCUUUAUUUUUUUUUUAAAUAAAUAUAUAACAUUA